CUCCGCCGCCUUCAGGCCGGAAGUCCGACCUCCACCACCCCAACCCAACCUACCCUACCCUCCAGCCAUCCCCCCCUCCCCCGCCCGCAACCCUAGCCAGAAGUGGACCCUAUAAACCAAGGCAUCUAGUCCGCAGCCAGGACAUUCACUCAUUGGCCAAGGCAUCCGUUCUACCAGCCAAGACAUGGAUCCUUCCUGCCUAGAGUCCCACCCCACCCUAGAGUCUGACCCGGAAGGCCUAGACUUCAACUCUGCUGGCCAAUACUGUUUCUCCUCUGGUCACGAGUUCGACUGUCUCUACCAAGAACUGGACCUGGACUCUCUUAAUGAAGAUCUUUCUCAGUCUAUGCCAGACGCCUUGACAGAGACCUCUGCAGGCCCUUAUGAAUCCCACUCGACUGCCAAACCAGAGGAUCUUACUGAGGCAGAGCAAAAGGAGCUCAAAUCUGAGCUCGCUGAACUGGAGGCAGAAAUUGUAACACUACGCCAAGCACUGGCAGCCAGAGAAAGACGCUGCGUGGAGCUCAAGAGGAAGCUGGGUCUUACGGCCUUAGUGGGGCUGAAGCAGAAUCUGUCCAAGAGCUGGCACGACGUUCAGGUCUCCAACGCCUACAUGAAACAAAAGACGUCAGCUGCCCUGUCCACCAUGAGCUCUGCCAUCUGCAGGAAGCUUGGAGACAUGAAGAAAUCAGUCACAUUCAGACCCUUUGAAGGUCUUAUGGGGACAAUCAAGUCCAGAGUCGCAGGUUAAACCACUUGGAGUGUGUGGAGAUCCAUUUUCUUAACUCAGAUUUAUUAGAAAAUAGCAUGAAGUAAAACUUUCUGCUAAUCCUUCAUUGAGGAUUCAGUCCCAGGGUGGCAAGAAUGAAGGGAAAAAGCAAAGAUGGCAAAGAAGAAGAAAAAGGUAAAUAGACUCUUUCUUGUAUUUACUGAGCUCACUAGACCUUUAAAAGAGACUUCACAAGUUGUUUGGUAACGUAGGAUAACUUCAGGAAGUCAUUUUUGGAAUUAUUGCAUUUUGGAAUCUUUGAAGGGCAAGAAAUUUAUCUUUCAGCUCUUUUUCCUUGUCCGGUUUCCCAUAGGACAUUAACUCAGUGCUGUUCUUGCCAUGUAAAGACAAAGAGAUUUUGAUACUUCCUAUUGGGGACUGGAAGAAAAGCAUUUAUUAACCAAUACUUGCAUGGCAAAUGCCAGAGGAUAAAUUGAUAUGAUUUUGUAAAGAUAACCAUAUCCUGCCCACUAGCCAUCACUGGGACUGUCACCAGACUGGAUGAAUGGGGACUCACCAUCAUCCACCAUGAUCCAUAUGGUUUUGAGAGAACAUAGAAGUGAACUGAAAGGGAAUAUGAUGGGUACCACCAUCCCCGCAUCCUUCCAGUCCAAGAGUAGCACGAAUUACUGCAAUCUUUCCUCAGAUGAGACAUUUGUUUCUAAUUUACAUUCUUGAAUGGGAGGGUGGGAAUGGUCAGUUUCUGGAACUUCCACUUAGCUAUUCUAAAAAUAAUGGUCCUUAGUCUACAUAGUGGAGGGAAGAUAUCUGAUAUAAGAUAUAAGAGUUCUGAUAUCUAUUCCAGUUGACACCUACUCCUUUUAUAUACUCAAGGACUAGGGAAAUAACCACAGACUAUAGAGCAAGUCUGCUGACUCAAUUGUCCUACUGAAUUGGACUUGGGCUAAUACCCCGUUUAUCAUCUGGCUACUGUAACUUCUGCUCUAACUAGAAGACCAGGAUAGCAUUUUGGGUCUCCUAAUAUCAGUGUUGGGCUUCCCUAGUGGCUCAGAUGGUA